AUGGAGGGGAACGAGUUCAGCCAGUUUCGCGCGCCGGAGGGCACCUAUGUCUGUACAGAUUGGUCAAAUCCCAUCGUGAAUCGCAAUGCGACGCAGCACGGCGGAAACGCCCUCGCGUCCAAUGCGCCGGGCAUCCAUCUAACACUGUCUGCCCCGCGCACCGCCGGAUGCACCGAGCCGCCGCGCACGAGCGCCGUGUCGCUGCGCGCGCCCAACACGCGCGCACGGCUCGAUCAUGAUACUCCAGGCUUCCCGCUGGAUCCUGCGCUCGCCGCACAGGGCCUCGAUGCGAAUCCCGCUGACAUCGCCGAGAUCGGCGCGGAGGGCGAGCCGGCCCAGGAACACGGCGCACAUUUUGCCGGACUGCACCGUGCCAUGGGCACGCUGUCGGCGCGCCCCAACCGCCCCAAGACUAGCCUGAAGGGAUCCAACAGCGUGUUUAUUAUGCGCGCCAACGUCCACACGGACCUCGGCAAGAUCCUCGGGCAGCGCACAGAAUCGGUGACCAUUACCGUGGUCACCGCGAGCAAGUCGCUUGUGUGGUUCGCUAAUAUUGGUGGCAAGAUCCGCGAGCCGCUCGCGCGAGUGACCUUUUCGAGCACACCGACGUGCCACGACAUCAACCAAUUCACGCGCUGCGGCGAGCGUCUGGACGUCGUCGUGGGCUUUGCGCACGGCGAUAUCUUGUGGGUCGAUCCGGUGACGAUGCGCUACAACCGCAUCAACAAGGGUGGUGCGCUGAACGGGUCGAUCGUGCGCCAGGUGCGCUGGCUGCCCCGCAGCGAGAACCUCUUCUUGACGGCGCACGCCGACGGCGCCAUCAUUGUCUUUGAUCGCGAGCGCGAGGACGCGACCAACUGCGCGCACCUGCCUGAGCCGCCGACUGACUGGGACCCUCGCGAGUCGAUGUUUGUCUCGCGCCCGCCGGAAGGCAUGGCCGAAGAGCAGGCGGCGAACGGCUGGCGUAUGUCGAAGCCAAAAGAGGUGCCGUGGUCCUCGCUGAACCCCGUGAGCUACUGGUGCGUGUCGCGCAAGGCCGUGACCGACAUUGCCUUUUCGCCGGAUAGCACCCAGGCCGCGAUCACCUCCGACGACGGCCUGCUUCGCAUUGUGGACGUGGACUCGGAAACGCUGGUCCGCUCCUUUUCGUCGUACUUUGGCGGAUUUAACUGCGUGUGCUGGUCGCCCGAUGGCCGCCUGCUGCUGACCGGCGGCCAGGACGACCUGCUGACGCUCUGGGCGCCGCACGAAGGCCGCAUCAUUGCGCGCGCCCAGGGCCACAAGUCGUUUAUCACGGCAAUAGCCUUUGACCCGUGGCACGGCCGCGGCAGCGAGGACGCCUACCGCCUCGUGUCCGUCGGCGAGGACUGCUGCCUGGCGCUGUGGGACUUUUCUCCAGCGGCGCUGCAGCGUCCCAAGGCGUACACACGGAAUACGGCUACGAUCCGUGGCGACCGCACCUCCUUCCCCAGCGCAUCCCAAGGUCGCUCGACCGUCCACAUCCCUGCGCCUGCGCGUGCCGAGGUCGCGACGAUCGAGCCGACGACCCUGGCUCCUAUCCCCGGCACGAUGCUGAGCAGUGUGCGUGUCGCGCCGAGCGGAUUCCUGCUCCUGCACUACGACGGCCAACUCGAUUGGCUCGCGCGGCCGAAGCCCAACCAUGUUCCGCUCGCGACGGACCUGGAUGCGGCGCAGCUGGCCACUUCUGACGGCGACGAAUCGUUCGAGGCCAAGAGCCCGACGCGUGGGAUCUCGCGCGCGUUUGGCCUCGGCCUGCCGAGUCUGCGCAGGAAGGCGAGUCAAUCGAUGAAUGGCACGGUAGCAUCGUAG